GGGAUAAUCAUGUUUGUGCGCUAGAGGCAGCGCGAGAGUUAGACAGUAUGGGUAAGUUAGCGGUUCUCUCGCUGUCUGUUGCAGCUCUCGCAGUUUUGAUCGGAGAAAGACUCAUUACGUUAAGGCAUUUAUCACUUUCCUACAGAGAACUCACCCAGAACUACCUUCCAAACUGUCACCACAUAGAGGGCAUAGAAUAUGGUGCUGAAGAUAUCACCGUACUUGAAAAUGGACUGGCCUUUCUGAGCACUGGCUUGAAAUAUCCAGGCUUACCGUCCUAUUCAGAUGACUCUGGAAAGAUCUACACUCUGAAUCUGUUGGAUUCUAAAAUGAAAAUUAAAACAAUGAACAUAAAGGGAGACUUGGACAAAGACUCCUUUAAUCCACAUGGAAUCAGCCUGUACACGGAUGACAAAGAUGGCGCCGUAUACCUAUUUGUUGUUAAUCAUCCUCAAGGCAACAGUCAAGUGGAGAUUUUUCGAUUUGUUGAGGAUGAAAAUGCUCUUCAGUACAUCAAGACCAUCAAACAUGAACUCCUGCACAAUGUGAAUGAUAUAGUCGCUGUGGGGACUGAAAGCUUUUAUGCCACCAAUGAUCAUUACUUCACUAAUGGGAUUCUCAAGUUUGUGGAGCCCUUUCUGUCUUUGCCCUGGUGUGACGUCGUCUACUACAGCCCUCAGACCGUGCAGGUUGUGGCAGGGGGCUUCUUGAUUGCCAAUGGCAUAAAUAUCUCCCCUGACAAAAGGAGGUUGACGUGGGGUCACUGUGUGACAACAUUGAGGUGGACCGUGAAUCUGGAGAUCUAUGGCUGGGCUGCCACCCAAACGGUCUUAAAUGUGUAUUUCAUGAUCCAAAUGAUCCACCUGGUUCUGAGGUUAUCAGGAUUGAGAACAUCCUCUCUGAAAAGCCCAAGGUAACCCAGGUAUAUGCAGAUGAUGGCAGUGUGAUCAUUGCUUCUUCAGUGGCAACACCAUAUGGAGGAAAGCUGCUCAUAGGAACAGUUUAUCAGAAAGCUCUGAUCUGUGACCUUAAGUAGUGUAUAUACUUACUGGAAUUAAAAAAUUUGGCUGCACUGUUUGAAAGAUUUUGUCUAAAUAGUGUCAUUUUCAGCGGAACACAAAACAAAGUCAAGGCCUAGGGUAGUUUUAAAAAUCAAUCCAAACUAUAAAAACUUGGCAUAACACUGGAUGAUUGGGUUGCAGUUUACUAGAUAUGUGAGCUUGAAGUAUAACUUGACUUAAAAUAAAUUGUUAGUAGCUGUCUGAGACUUGAUAUUUAUUUCUUAAGUGAAUAUACUUGAGAGUAUAAAAUUAUAUUCAUCAAUUUAUAAUGUACAUGCAACACAAAUAAGCAUUUGCCAAAACACUUUCACUGAAAUUGGCAAAUAUUUUGUGAAAAUGGACAAUAGUUGCUAAUUUGUAUGAAUUUGUAUUUUUUUUAUAUAACAGUAGUGAUGCAGUGCACAUUAGUAAGGCCGCUAUAUGUACUGUAGAGUAGUAAAUAAUGUGUGCCUCACUCUUGUGCUCUUUCUUUGAGUACAAACCCAUCGAAAAUGAAGAUGAUUACUGUAUGGAAUAGAAUGAUGCAGGGAGGGUAGAUCGAGAUGGGCCUAAAUGUUGUAACCACCACCACAGCUGUUUAAUAAACGCAAAUUAUUUGCAA